UCUGAACUGAUGAUGGGAACCUCCUUUGUCUCUUGCCCCAAGCCAUUGCUUCCAAAGCCUACACAUCCCUAAGGCGAACUUGGAUCCUUCAUGAUGGUGAACAGCUCUGGGAGGGCCUCUGGCCAGAAGGCCCACCUUCUCCUGCCGACCCUGAAGGAGAAUGACACCCACUGUAUCGAUUUCCAUUACUACUUCUCCAGCCGUGAUAGGUCCAGCCCAGGAGCCUUGAAUGUCUAUGUGAAGGUGAACGGCGGCCCCCAGGGGAACCCUGUCUGGAACGUGUCUGGGGUCGUCACCGAGGGCUGGGUGAAGGCAGAGCUUGCCAUCAGCACCUUCUGGCCACAUUUCUACCAGGUGAUAUUUGAAUCCGUCUCUUUGAAGGGUCAUCCUGGCUACAUCGCUGUGGACGAGGUCCGGGUCCUUGCUCAUCCAUGCAGAAAAGCACCUCACUUUCUGCGGCUCCAGAAUGUCGAGGUGAAUGUGGGGCAGAAUGCCACGUUUCAGUGCAUCGCUGGUGGGAAGUGGUCUCAGCAUGACAAACUUUGGCUCCAGCAAUGGAAUGGCAGGGACACGGCCCUCAUGGUCACCCGGGUGGUCAACCACAGACGCUUCUCAGCCACGGUCAGUGUGGCGGACACUGCCCAGCGGAGCGUGAGCAAGUACCGCUGUGUGAUCCGUUCUGACGGCGGCUCUGGUGUGUCCAACUAUGCUGAGCUGAUUGUGAAAGAGCCUCCCACACCCAUCGCCCCCCCAGAGCUGCUGGCCGUAGGGGCCACAUACCUGUGGAUCAAACCGAAUGCCAACUCUAUCAUUGGGGAUGGCCCCAUCAUCCUGAAGGAGGUGGAGUACCGCACCACCACGGGCACCUGGGCCGAGACCCACAUAGUUGACUCUCCCAACUAUAAGCUAUGGCAUCUGGACCCUGAUGUGGAGUAUGAGAUCCGGGUGCUGCUCACACGACCGGGGGAGGGAGGCACGGGACCACCAGGGCCUCCGCUCACCACCAGAACCAAGUGUGCAGACCCUGUGCACGGCCCGCAGAACGUGGAGAUUGUGGACAUCCGCGCCCGGCAGCUGACCCUGCAGUGGGAACCCUUUGGCUACGCGGUGACCCGCUGUCACAGCUACAACCUCACGGUGCAGUACCAGUACGUGUUCAACCAGCAGCAGUACGAGGCCGAAGAGGUCAUCCAGACCUCGUCCCACUAUACCCUGCGAGGCCUGCGCCCCUUCAUGACCAUCCGGCUGCGGCUCCUGCUGUCCAACCCCGAGGGCCGGGUGGAGAGUGAGGAGCUGGUGGUGCAAACAGAGGAGGACGUUCCAGGAGCUGUUCCCCUAGAAUCUAUCCAAGGAGGGCCCUUUGAGGAGAAGAUCUACAUCCAGUGGAAACCUCCCAAUGAGACCAACGGGGUCAUCACACUGUAUGAGAUCAACUACAAGGCUGUUGGCUCGCUGGACCCGAGUGCCGACCUCUCCAGCCAGCGGGGGAAAGUGUUCAAGCUCCGGAAUGAAACCCACCACCUCUUUGUGGGUCUGUACCCGGGGACCACCUACUCCUUCAACAUCAAGGCCAGCACAGCAAAAGGCUUUGGGCCCCCUGUCACCACUAGGAUUGCCACCAAAAUUUCAGCUCCAUCGAUGCCGGAAUAUGACACAGACACCCCGCUGAAUGAAACGGACACGACCAUCACGGUGAUGCUGAAGCCUGCUCAGUCACGGGGAGCCCCUGUCAGUGUUUAUCAGCUGGUUGUCAAGGAGGAGCGACUUCAAAAAUCACGGAGGGCAGCUGAUAUCAUUGAGUGCUUUUCGGUGCCUGUGAGCUAUAGGAAUGCCUCCAGCCUUGAUUCUCUACACUACUUUGCUGCUGAAUUGAAGCCUGCCAACCUGCCUGUCACCCAGCCAUUUACAGUGGGUGACAACAAGACAUACAAUGGAUACUGGAACCCUCCUCUUUCCCCUCUGAAAAGCUACAGCAUCUAUUUCCAGGCACUCAGCAAAGCCAAUGGAGAGACCAAAAUCAACUGUGUUCGCCUGGCUACAAAAGGUGCCUCCACUCAGAAUUCUAACACCGUGGAGCCAGAGAAGCAGGUAGACAACACCGUGAAGAUGGCCGGUGUGAUCGCUGGCCUCCUCAUGUUCAUCAUCAUUCUCCUGGGCGUCAUGCUCACCAUCAAAAGGAGGAAGCUGGCCAAGAAGCAGAAGGAGACACAGAGUGGAGCCCAGAGGGAGAUGGGGCCUGUGGCCUCAGCCGACAAACCCACCACCAAGCUCAGCGCCAGUCACAACGAUGAAGGCUUCUCCUCUAGCUCUCAGGAUGUUAAUGGAUUCAGUAAGUUGACCCAGCUAAGGGGAAGGGAACAUCCAUGGUUCAGCUUGACCCUGGUACCUCUGCUGUGGACCCCUCACAGUGGUCAGAUGCUGAAGGAUUUAAUAGAAAUGCUAGAUUCCCCAGCCUCUGCUCCAGAUUAG